AUGACGGACGCCACGCCAACGCAACCACCCCUCAAAAGGGUGUUGAAACCAGUCCCCGAUCGUGGGAUUCGGGUGCAAUCUUCCAAAACAAAAUCCAGUCAUCAAUUUGCUCUUCCCGGUUCUUUGCCGGAGCCAGAAACCAUACAAAUCAACACCACUUCAGUGCCACAACCGUUUCUGGAGCCGGACAAGCUGGAGCAGUGGAAAUGA